AUGUACCGAGAGGACGACAAGCUCUACCUCAUCAUGGAGCGCAAGCCAGGAACACAGCUCAGUGAGCUGUGGCCUGCUAUGACAAAGGACGAGAUGCGAGACGUAUCUGCGCAGCUCCGGAAGAUAUGGGACCACCUACGGUCUAUCCCCUCGCCCGGUAUAUACAGCGGCAUCACAGGUGGUCCAUUGCAACAUCGCUGGUUUCGGUGGUUGGAGCCUGAUCCGAGAAUCAACGGACCAUUCAACACAGAAGAAGACCUCAACAAAGCCCUCAUGCUGAGGUCAGAGAAGAAUUGGGAAAGUACCGGCACCUGGGGAUGGAUGGCCGAAUUUUUCGCGCGGAACUUACCAGGGGCGCUCACAGGCCACCAUAGCGUGCUCACGCAUGGAGACCUGCAGCGCAAGGACAUAGUGGUUGUUGUGGUCCCGGCAAACAAUCUAGAUAAGAGACGAGUGGAGGUUUCUGCUGUGGUGGAUUGGGAGAAUGCGGGAUGGUACCCAAACUACUGGGAGUACGCCUCGUGCUUUGUCGACUUGGAGUGGAGGGAUACGUGGCCCGAGCAUGUCGAGCAUAUCGUUGAUCCUCACAUUCCAGAAGCUGCAGUGCUCCGAAUGAUCCGACAAGAUUUGGAUUUCUAG